GUGGAUGUAACUGCAUCGCUAAGGAUAGCUCUGCAUUACAAAAUGAUCAGUAACCUGCUGAAUGGUGCUACGUGCACUGAGUCAGAGACGCUACCUGAACGGUUCAGGCUGCAGCAAGCCUUGCCCUCGCACAGCACGCAGAUAUCUGAGCCAAAUGAGUUUGACAUCAUGCUUGUAAUCCCUAUAAAACAGAAUGCAAAUGAUUCUACAAGGCUUCAGCUGGAUGAGUCUGAUGAUACUGGAGCCUAUUAUUAUGCAUCAUUCAAAAGGGGUCCAAUAGAAAGAGGUUGGUUGAAGUUCUUAGAGGAAGAUGGAAAAUUAUCAGCCUCUAAAAUGAUGCAAGCACUAAGAGACAUUAUUAAACAGGAAGUAAAAAACAUUAGAGGUAUGGAAGUCACUGUGGCAAGGAAAAGGGCUGGAAGCCCUGCAAUAACUCUUCAGAUCAAAAAACCUCCAUUAGAAAUAUCAGUGGACAUCAUCUUGACUUUGAAGGCUCAGAAGAGCUGGCCCCCCAGCACACAGGAUGGCCUCAAAAUUGAACAGUGGCUGGGAACAAAAAAGAGGAGGGAUUUCAGAUUAACACCAAUUUAUUUAGUAGCCAAGCAAAACAAAAGAGAAAAAGUUCUAAGAGGGAACACCUGGCGACUCUCCUUCUCACAUAUUGAAAAGGAUAUGAUCAAGAACCAUGGCAACUCAAAGACAUGCUGUGAAUCCAAUGGACCAAAGUGCUGUAGGAAAGGUUGUCUUAAGCUGCUGAAGUUUCUUCUAGAGCAACUUAAAAGGAAAUAUCCAAAAGAAUUGGAAAAAUUCUGUUCCUAUCAUGUCAAAACUGCUUUUCUCCACUCCUGUGUCAUGUGGCCAAAUGACACAGACUGGUACUUGGGAAACUUGGAUCAUUCCUUUCAGCAAUGUCUGGGAUUUUUUGUGGAUUGCCUGCAAAAGUCUCAGCUGACUCACUUUUUUAUUCCCCAAUACAACUUACUCAGCCAAGAAGAUAAGGCAAGACAUCAUUUCCUUUCAAGAAAAAUAAGUUAUGAAUUGAACAAUGGAUUCCCAGUAUUUCAUGAGAAUUAUUAAGAACACGGUUCACAACAGAUAUCUAAUCAUGUUGACUUUACAUAUGUGAAACAAAAAACUCUGCAAUAUAAAUGACCUUCAGUAGUCUGUACUACAAAUCCCAAAACAAAAUAAAACUAAGACCACUAAGAGAAAAAUCUAUACUUCAGUCACACUGCUCAGCCAUAACCCUUAAAAUAAAUGUUUUAAGUAAUAUUUACCUUGCCUAUCCAAAUGUAGAUGUCACCUGCAAAACAUCGUCAAGGUAUACUAAGAACAUAGAGAAGAAUUUGCAAUAUGUAAUUUCUGUGUUUCUAAACACAAAAGCAUCAAAGACUGCAUAAAGGAAAAACUGACAAUUUUAUUUAGAAUUAGGAUCCACUGCAGAAUAUCAAAAAUACACUCCUACUUUCAAAAGAAAAAAAAAGUCCCUGGAGUUACUUCAACAUUAACCAGAAAAACUUCUCCAAACUUCUCCAGAUUACCUGGGUGGAUAUGAAGAUCUUGUGCAGAAGACAAUCACCAGCAAUAGUUACCAGAGAGAAUAUUUUACCUGAGUAAUAUGAAGUUGCUGAAGUAACUUAUUCUUUCUGAGUCUUAGAAUUACUUUAGAAAUCAGUCUUUUCAUUGGGCUUUGGAUGGGAAACAAUCAUUACCUAAUAUGCUGCAACAGACGAAUGGUUUUCUGCCAAUGUGCUUUUAUUUGUAUGAUAAUCAUGUAGAAAGAAAUGCAUCUUUCAACCUGUAUCAAAGAAGAAGACUCUUGAUAUAAAAGGUUUCUAAAACCAAAAUGCAGCAUGAACUGGACACUCCUGAAAUUGAAAUUCAUAUAAAUUUUUCUCAUAUCGAAGAAGUGUGUGUUAGGAAAAAAAAAUUACAAUAAUUCCUAUUACUAAAAUCAUGCAGGUGAGAAGUACACAGCAUUUGAGAACUGCUGUGCUGCAAAUAAAUACAUAUUUUGCUUCCACUUAUAGAAGCCAUGGGAAGUCCGUAUUUUCGCCUACUUUUUGAAGGCAAAAUAACCUACUGGAUUGAAUAAUGCUCAGAUUUACCUCAAUUAUGAGCAAAUUAAGAAGAAAGAAUAUUGGUAGACAGAGUAAUUUUACUAAAAUAUUCUCAUUUUACUGAAUUUUGUUUAUUAGUUUUUAUUUAUUCAUAUGACACAUAAAUUAACACAAGUUCAGAGCAAGCAUCAAAUGCAGGAAUGACUCCUUCCCAUAUAAAUUUCAAAGAGUAAAAAAAAACAACAUGCCCCAUUAUCACUGGGAGUCUGUGUGACAGAACCUGACAUCCAAAUGUAAAUUGUGAAUCCAUUUUAUCUGGAAGAAAUAAAAUCUGACCUUCAAAUGUA